UUACAAAAGCAACGCGGUGUUUUUGUUUUGCUAUGAUGUGUUACGAUAUCUGAAAAAGGGUCUUAUCUUUUUAAAAUUUAAAAACUGUUCUGAAGUGUUUUUCAUAUCGAACACUUUUUUUAUAAAAACUAGACUCUCUAAUUACAACGUAUUUUAUUCUUAGACUACAUCCAUUUUUCAAAUAAAUAUUAAAGAAAUUGAUUUAUUGAAGUUUAUUUGCAUAGAAAAUUAUUUAAAGUAAACAUUAAAAUAAAACUUUAUUUUAUUACAACCUUAUACCAUAUUCUUUAAAGCAAAUUUUCAGAUUAAACUAUGGCAGAAAGAUUAAGUGAAAAUGACCCUAAUUCAUUUUCAAAUCCUGAAAGUGUAAUAGUAACUGAUAUAGAUUUGCAUUUAGAAGUUGAUUUCUCCAAACACAUUUUAAAUGGCUAUGUGGAUUUAUCAGUGGAAAGAAAAAAUUUAAAAUCCGAUUUGUUUUUAGACACUAGAGACCUUACCAUACACAAUGUCCGGAACAAAAACAACCUGAAUAAAAUAGCUUUUACCUUAUGUGAUCCAGUAGAUGAUUUUGGAUCUAAGUUAGAAAUAAAACUACCAAAGAGGGGUGCAAAAAAGAUGAUCAUAAGAGUCGAAUUUGAAACUUCACCUAACGCAUCUGGUCUUCAAUGGUUGGAACCUGAACAAACAGCUGGCAAAAAACAUCCUUACAUGUUUAGCAUGUGCCAAGCUAUCCAUGCACGCUCAGUUUUUCCUUGCCAAGAUACUCCUGGAGUGAAGGCCCCUUAUACAGCAACUAUCACUGCUCCUUUUGAAUUAGUUGUUUUAAUGAGUGCUGUGCGUGAUGGUGAAGAUAUUGCAGAUGAUCCUUUGAUGAAAACCUACAAGUUUGUGCAGAAAGUACCAAUCCCAAGUUAUCUAUUUGCUAUUGUUAUUGGGGCUUUAGAAAGCAGGCAAAUUGGACCUCGUACUCAUGUAUGGUCUGAAAAGGAAUAUGUUGACAAAUCUGCUGAAGAAUUUUCCGAGACGGAACAGAUGUUGAAGUGUGCUGAAGACCUUCUAGGAGAAUAUGUUUGGGAAGUUUAUGACCUUUUAGUAUUGCCUCCAUCUUUUGCUUUUGGUGGCAUGGAGAAUCCUUGUUUAACAUUCCUUACACCAACAUUGCUGGCUGGUGAUAAAUCUCUUGUUCCAACCAUUGCUCACGAAAUUGCACAUAGCUGGACUGGGAAUCUCGUUACUAACAGAAAUUUUGAACACUUUUGGUUAAAUGAAGGGUUUACAACAUUUUUUGAACGGAAAAUUGUUGGUCGAAUGCAUGGUGAACCAUUUAGACAUUUUGAGUGCAUUGGUGGUUGGACACAAUUGGAGUGUGAGGUUAAACAUCUUGGUGAAAAGCAUGAUUUUACUAAAUUAGUUCCUGAUCUCAAAGGUGUUGAUCCUGAUGAAGCUUUUAGUUGUAUACCAUAUGAAAAAGGACAAGCUUUCUUAUUUUACUUAGAAAGUAUCCUUGGUGGACCAGAUGCUUUUGAAAAAUUUCUCAAAGCAUAUGUGGAAGAAUAUAAGUAUCAAUCCAUUGAUACUGAUGUAUGGAAAACAUUUUUGUAUAAACAUUUUUCUGAUAAGGAAGAUAUUCUGAAUAAAGUUGAUUGGGAAGCUUGGUUGCAUGCACCUGGUAUGCCACCUAUUAAACCUGAGUAUGAUAACAGUUUAGCAAAAAAAUGUACAGAUUUGUGUAAAACUUGGUUGGAAGCAGAUGAAAAUGACUUGGGCCAAUUUACUCUGAAAGACAUUGAAGAUUUCUCAUCUCCACAGAUUCGUGAAUUUUUAGGCUUCUUAGAUCAAGGGGAUCCUUUAAGUAUUAAGAAAGUGGAAAAAUUAAAUGAAGUUUACAAAUUAGGAGAACGAAAUAAUGCAGAAAUCAAAUUUAGAUGGAUCAGGCUGGGCCUACGUGCUCACUGGAAGGAUAUUAUUCCUGAAGCAGUAAAAUUUAUUACUGAGCAAGGUCGUAUGAAGUUUGUUCGGCCAAUUUUUAGAUGUCUAUAUGAUUGGGAUGAAACCCGUGAGCUUGCAGUUUCUACUUACAAAGAACAUUCAUCUGAGAUGAUGCAUGCCACCCUUCAAGGAGUUGGGAGAGAUCUCCACUUGAUAUCUGAUGAUAAGCCCCAGGAUGGAUGAAAUCAGAUAAUUAGAAAUAACUGACUCCAUUUUGAAGCAUUCUGUUUUGCAAAUUUUGUAUAUACAAGGACUAAAAUGGAUAUAUUCACUUUGACUGCUAUUUUAGCCUUUUUUUUUUCUUAAGUUUUUAUACAUGUGUUGCUCAAUUUGAUUUUAUUUGAUGUAAUCAGCAGAAAAGAAAUUGGAAAAUUAAAAAUAAAUAUUACUGAU